AAUAAAAUUUUGGCAUCACGAACUGAAAAUAAACAGCUUUCGAAUUACGACCACGAGCAGUUAUGAAGAUAGAAGAGCUUUCAGACGAGUUUGCAGAUACUGUCAAGGUGUCCGAUGCUCAGCAAAAUGCCUCGCAACCUCCUCCGCCACAGGCAGACCUCCUCACGCAGGCUAUGAAUGCGUUUGCAUCUUCCUCUACUCAGACCACGAACGAAGAUGGCAGCACGGGUCCUGCCCUUCCUCCCGCCAUGGCAGCUUUACGGAAUAAGAGCGGAGAAGAGAUAUUGGCUGAAUUGAACAAGACACCCUUGUUCAUGACCUCAUUAGAAGAAAAUGACGACUUGGAAGCCUUGAAGGCGUUGGCAUACGAAGGUACACCCUUUGAGGUAGCUGCAGGGUUCAAGGAGCGUGGCAACGAGAGCUUCAAAGAGAAGGGAUGGAAGGACGCUAAGGAAUUCUACGGGAAGGGAAUACAAGUUCUGCUUCUCGAAGUUAGAAAGAGACAGAAGGGGGAAGGGGAGGCGAACGACCAGGAGGAAAUUAAGAAGGAAGUCGGGAUCCUGGAACAGUGUCUGGUCAACAGAGCUGCUUGUCAUUUAAGGCUGAAGAAUUACCGGAGCUGCGUGCAGGAUUGCGGGAGCGCGCUACGGAUUAAUUCGAAGAACGUCAAGGCGUUUUACAGGAGCUCGAAAGCGUUACUGCAGCUGGACAAGAUUGCCGAAGCGGACGACGCAUGCGCGAGGGGUUUGGCUGUUGACCCGGGGAAUCGGGAUUUGCUUGAGGUCGCAAAUGAGAUCAUCAAGCGAAAUGAGGAGGUCGAGAAGAGACGGAAGCGGGAGUUGGAGAGGGAGAAUAGGAGGAGGCUAGAGGGAGUUACGCUCACGGCUGCAUUGAAGGCCAGGGGCAUCAAGACGAGGAAGACGAGUCAACCUCCCGAGAUGGAGGACGCGAGGAUCGAGCUCGUCCCAAAUCCGAUAGAUCCCCAGUCGAGCGUCAGCUUCCCGACGGUCCUGCUGUAUCCCCUGCAUCUGGAGAGCGAUUUCGUCAAGGCUUUUAAUGAGAUGGAGUCCGUGGGGGACCAUCUGAGCUACAUUCUGCCGCUUCCCUGGGAUAAACAGGGCGUGUAUACCACGAGUGGAGUGGAUUGUUACAUGGAGACCGUUACUGGAGGGUUGAUCAAGGUCGGGAGAAAAGUAUCGUUGCUAAAGGUUCUCACGUCUGGCAACGUCGAGGUUGUAGACGAGGUGGUGAAGAUCUUCGUGCUACCGAAAGCCAAUUCCGACGCCUGGGUACAGGAAUUCAAGAGCAAGAAACUUGUGGAGAAAACUACUGGUUGAGACAUAGCGAUAGGCUGGAUGGUUCCGGGAGUUGGUUCCUGAGAAAGACAGAAGCGUUUGUUCGCCAAAUUCUGACGGCUCGGAUCUUCUUCCGCGUUGUGCUCAAUAUUCCCAACGGACAUGAUAGGUGUGACAAAAACCGGCGACCCCGAGGAAUGGAGAGACAAUUGUGUCACGUUUGGCAGCACGUUGUGUGGGAAAUAUGACAGCCGUUUCCUUCCGCGUGGGGAAAACCUGACAAGUCUAAUGGGAAGGGAUUGAGGCUCAAAGUAGGAAAUGGUAGCGAUCGCAACAAAAUCAUCGCAUUGAGACAUAUGCUACAAAAUUCCAAUUGGUAUGGGGACAUAGAUGCUUCCGACACAAACUCCCAUCC